AUGUUUUCCCGAGAAAGCUACUUGCUCUGCUGGCUGUCCUUUCUAUGGACUGUUGAAGCAUUCUCCACGGGAUAUGUCCCGGUACAAACUCGCAAUAAUGCGGAUCCAGAUACCGUCGUGGCCAUUAAACGAGCCCUACAUGCUGCCAGAGACACGACUUAUUCGAUGAACCGGACAUCGAUAGAAAAGAGUUGGGCAGAUGCCACGCUAUUCUCACUUGAACUCAGCACCAGCUCUACCGAGUCUAAAAACGCAACACUAGACCUCCACGAAGGCAUCUCCGUCAUCUGCACAACCUGCUAUGUCAAUGGAUCCAUUGGCGGCUCGUUGAGAUUGGGGGGUGAUUUCAAUCUUACGGAAACGGUAGAUAGUUUCACAGACGAGGUUACGAACGUGACCGACUCAGCAUUCGACCAAAUAGAAGAGUACCUUGAGGAUGUCUUCACAAACAUUACUCUUCUUCAUUUCGAUGAGAUCCCUGCCUGGCCAACGGUCGAUAUUGACUUUGAUUUUGAGCAUCUUGAUGGAUUCCCUGAGGUGCAGGCACAAUUCGAGUUUGAUGGCUUGGAGCUAUAUCUAGAGUUAGAUGUUCAGCUGUCUGCCGGCGCAACCUACACGUUGAACUUGUUCACUUCUGAGACCAUUGCAGGAUUCUCGGUGCCUAACCUGGAAGCUGGGGCCGUCUUCAAAGUGUCCCUGGUGCUAAUCGCAGAGGCAGAAAUCGACAUCAGCAGCGGUAUCCAUAUCAAACUGGAUGAUGGGUUGAAGCUGGACCUGGAACUUUUUAAUAAAAACGUGUCCGGAAUUACACUUCCCGGUGGCAGAGUGGAAUUCCUGCCCAUAACGAUUGAAGGCCAAGGAAGCCUCCAAGCUCUACUACAGCUGGAAGCUAGUCUCGGAUUUGAAGUUUCUGCGCAGGAUUUGGCGCCUGAAAUUUCAUUCAGCGCAGGCAUUGCUGGAGAGGCCUUUGCCUAUGUGGCUGAUUUCCUUGUGCAGGUCAAUAGCUCUACGAGCGACGACGCGGAUUGCAAAUUAGCAGCCGCUGCAGAGUACACGCUGGCCGUUGGCGCUGCAGCGGGUGCAACUGUUGCUGUCAACACAUAUCAAUGGGGCCCAGCACCCAGCACAACAAUACCUAUAUGGUACACGACUGUGGCAAGCCUCUGUGCAGGUAGCAAAACAGCUUCAUCAGCUGUUACUUCACAGGCCACAUUAGAUAGACGAGACUGGUCUACCACCGCCGUCUCAACUUCAUCGACUUACACCAUCGUCGGCUGCAUCUCAGCAGGUCUCGUCCACUGUCCUGCCAGCUUACAGACUACCACAUCAAUCGAGAAAACAAUGACAACUAUUCUCAGUGUCCCGUCUGGAGCAGAGGAUGUCACCUAUCCAGCUAGCACAUUUGCAUCUGUAACGAGUGCCAUCCCAUUUGGAGAGCAUGCUCAUACUCUGAGUGCCACUUCUGGGACGCCCACAUCCUACGUACCUCCCCCAGUGGCCACACAAACCUCUACCAACACUACCGAUAGCGGGGGCUUGGAUGAUGAUGGUGAUGACGACGAUGACAACCACUCAAAUGAUAACAAACUUAUCAUCGGGUUGAGUGUAGGAUUGGGAGUCCCGAUACUGAUUGUAUUGGCUGCUGGACUAGGAUGGUUUAUCCACCAACGCAGAAAAUACUCCGCAGUUGUACAGCCAGAAACGAUGGAGGAGACAAAGCAGCCACGCAGCACUGAGAUUGAGACUUAA